AGAGAAAAAGGAAAAGGGGAGAGAAAAAAGAGAAAGAGGGGGCAGGGAGAAGACAGAGAAGCGGAACGACUCAAGAGAGAAGAAAAGGGUCGCCACCUCGAGGGGGGGAAAUCAUUGUGAAGGGGAGGAAGCGAGCUUACUAGGAGGCAAGGCAGGCAGACUAGCAGCGGCUCUAUGGCUCAGUCUGCUGCUAACGGUGUGGACCAGGACCUGGCCAGCAAGAGGCUGCACUCAAGGAUGGAGGCCUCCUGCUUGGAGUUGGCCUUGGAAGGAGAGCGGCUAUGCAAGGCUGGGGACUUCAAAGGUGGCACAGCGUUUUUUGAGGCUGCAGUGCAGGUCGGCACAGAAGACCUGAAGACCCUCAGUGCCAUCUACAGCCAGCUAGGAAAUGCCUACUUCUACCUAAAGGAGUAUGGCAAAGCCCUGGAAUACCACAAACAUGACCUUACCUUGGCCAGAACAAUAGGAGACAGAAUUGGAGAAGGGAAAGCCAGUGGAAACCUUGGUAACACAUUGAAAGUGUUGGGGCGCUUUGAUGAGGCUGUCGUGUGCUGUCAAAGACAUUUGGAUAUUUCUCAAGAGCAGGGCGACAAGGUUGGAGAGGCCAGAGCACUGUAUAACGUAGGGAACGUGUUUCAUGCGAAGGGCAAACAGCAGUUAUGGGGCUGUACCCAGGAACCAGGGGACCUGCCUCCUGAUGUCAGAGACACACUGCAAAGGGCUACCGGCUUUUAUGAGAUGAACUUGUGUUUGGUCAAAGAACUUGGAGACCGAGCUGCUCAGGGGAGAGCAUACGGAAACCUUGGCAACACCCACUAUCUGCUAGGAAACUUUGUCGAAGCGAUCAAGUUUCACCGUCAGAGAUUAUCCAUAGCCAAAGAAUUUGGGGACAAAGCGGCAGAGCGGCGAGCCUACAGUAACCUAGGCAAUGCCCUGAUAUUUCUGGGCCAGUUCAACACAGCCACAGAGUACUACAGGAAAACUUUGCAGCUAUCCAGGCAGCUGAGGGACCAGGUGAUGGAGGCUCAGGCCUGUUACAGCCUUGGAAACACCUACACUCUUCUGCAGCAGUAUGAGAGGGCCAUAGACUACCACCUGAAGCACCUGUACAUAGCCCAGGAGCUUACUGAUAGAGUUGGCGAGGGCCGUGCCUGCUGGAGUCUGGGAAAUGCAUACGUGUCUUUAGGAAAUCACAAACAAGCUCUUCAUUAUGCCCGAAAGCACCUAGACAUCUCUAAAGAAAUUGGAGACAGAAAUGGAGAACUGACAGCUCAAAUGAACGUGGAGCAACUGAUGGAGGCUCUGGGGGUCAAUGAGAGCGACCUUUCACCCUCCAGUUCAGAGUUUGAGAUGCAAGGUGCAAGACCUAAAUUCACAAAGAGAAACAGCAUGGACAGUGUAGAACUGUGGAAGUACUCUUCGGAUAAGAAUGGUGAGAACCAAGACUUGGAAAGCAUACCCAGGAGAUCCAAGAGUCAGAUGUCGCAGCCAGGUAAAAGAAAAGGCUAUCCUGACAGUCAGUCAUCAGAUGAAAGGCCGUGGUUGGACUCCCCCGUAGACACUGAUGACAUCACUGUGCAAGUCACGCCUCCAGUGCCUAAGCUGGGCCGUGACCCCUCAGAUGAAGACUGCUUCUUUGACCUCCUCAGCAAGUUCCAGAGCAGCCGCAUGGAUGACCAGCGCUGCCAUCUUGAUGAUCCACAGAAUGGAGACAACGGAGAAGGUGCCGCGAACUCCGUGUCAUCCCUGAACGAGAUGAUAGAUCCUGCGAUUACCACGUCCCCCCAGACUGAGGAGCUGUUCGAUUUGAUUGCUAGCUCUCAGAGCCGCCGCCUUGAUGACCAGCGGGUUAAUGUUGGAAACCUUCCAGGCCUAAGGAUCACUCACAACAAUCUUGGACACCUGGUGGGUGAGGGAGAUCAUCAGGAACCCAGCGAUGAUUUCUUCAACAUGCUCAUCAAGUGCCAGUCCUCUAGGAUUGAUGAUCAGCGAUGCUCUCCACCAGAAGCAGGCCCCCAUGCCCCCACAGUGCCUGAUGAAGACUUCUUCAGUCUAAUCCAGAGGGUGCAGGCCAAGCGGAUGGACGAGCAGCGUGUCCAGCUGCCCUCAGACGACCAGGACAGCCCUCAGUCCCCUGAGCCGGAGCCACCUGGUGGUUUUUCCAGCUAGAAAUAGAAAUGCUACGCAACUUCAUGUCAAAGAAAAUAAAAAUGGGAAGAAGUGAAAGAAGCAUGAGCCAACAUUUAAAGACAGCACUGAAGGGUGAACUAACAAGAUUUGUAAUAACAAAACAAAUUCCAUGUGCAAUAGGUGGUGCCCUGUCAAAUGUUGCUUGAUGUAUUAUGUUUUAAAUGUGUGUAAAUAUAACAGGGGAACAAGCAGAAUUUAAGUUCAGCGGUGGGAGGACGAGAAAGUUUGGGAUAACGUUUUAAACAACAAACAUGAAAUAUAUACUAAUGCCUUAAUCAGCAUUUUUUUCAGACUCAAGAUUGUAUUUCCUGGUGUCAGACGUGUGCCGUAGAAGCACAUGAUGUAAUAUGGACAAUUAACAUGGAGACCUGAAGCACGAGUCUGGGAAAUCACAAAGAUUUAAUGAUGAAAACAGCAAAGAAAUGACAGAUUUGCACUGAAAUCUGAACCAGUUUUAUAAAGACACAAAUCCUUAUGUAUACGCCAACACUCUUUAAGUCAAGUUCUGAUCAAUGCUGCUUUUAUUAUUUGAUUUUUGUGGUUCCUACUGCUCAUGGAAAACUGGUGUUAUUUGUAUUUUGCAGUAACAGUAUUAGAGAGGUCCAUCCAGUGUUAAAUAAACUGCUUUGGUCAGUUUAAACUUUCCACUGACUGAUAACCACACGAGACAAAAUAAUAUGAUUCAUGCCAUAACUGAGUGAAAUCUGAUUUUUUUCCACAUAAAUGUAAUUUAUGUGCAUUCAUGCGUUUAUAAAAAAAAAAUGCAUCUCUUCACACAGUAUGCAGUAACCUUGGUUACUGGGCAAAUGAUAUGAAAUAGCUGCUUAUUUUAUAGAUUGAAUAUUAGAGUUGUGUGAUAAUUCAACGUCCAGUCAAUGUUUCUGCUUAGCUUUUUAAAAUAAUGCUAUCUGCCGCCCAUAAUGUUCUCAACAUCUGAUAACAGACUACUGCUUACUGCCAUUAUUAUUGUUUUUAUAACAGAGAAAUAGAAGCUGAUGAAUAAGAUGGAUGUGACAGUACUGAAGCAGUAAUUCUAGGUUGUGCUGCCUCCCUGUGGUCAAAACGUUGUAUUACCUCUGUAAAAAAAAAAAUACAGUGUGGUCUGUUCCCUACUCUUGAAUAUUUGUAACCGCAAAUAUGACAAAUCUGAGGACGAAUCAACAAAGUUUUGCCAGCUUCUGACAUAAAUGUGGAGAUUUUUGCCAAUCCUCUCGUGUCAUCAAAAUCGGGUAGAUCCCAUUUCUAUCCAUUUGUUGCAGUGAAAGUUCCAAAAUAUGAAACCUUUUUGCUGUACAGAAAAUCUGUAUAAUGGUACUGUGCAAAAAACUAUUUGACCUUACAUAUGGGCUUUCUUUUUAUUCAGACGUACUGCAUACCUCAUUUUGUACCUCAAAGCUUAUGAACCUUAAGAGAUAUUCUGAACCGGGAUCAUGGAUCAUGGAUCAUGUUCGUAGUGGUUCUGUUUGGUUCAUCUAUCUUUGAUAAAACAACACAUUGGGAGCUAAAGUUAAUAUUUUUAUUUUCUGUUUUUUUUGUGAAUUAACAUUUUUUAGAAAGUACCUGGUACGCUUCUAUUUGUCUCUGCCAUAAUUUGUACAUAUAAAUAUAUUUUGUAUUUAUGUUCCAUUUGAGGACAUGAAUAUGUCCCCUCAUGCUUUUAAUAAAAUGUUUCAGAUGUUU